ACAUUUUGGUUAUCUUGUCAAAAGUUAAACUACAUAACAGGUAAGCCGUUUUUUAAAAUUUCGGUGAUGAAACGGAAACUAUCUGCACCGAACCUAUAUUUCUGCCUGACACGAAUGUCUUUCUUGUGAUUUAAUAUUGGUUGGUGUUCACUUUUAAAUGAUAGCAAAUAGAUUCCUGAAAUAAAUAAUAUCAUCCGGUCUUUCUGUAUCUAAAGUGAAUACAGAGAUUAUCAAAGUCAGAGCAAGCAAGCAGGUAUUUCUGUGCUAAAUAAUAACGCAUAGUGUCUAUAAAAUCAUUAAUUUCAGUGUUUUUCAUGUUAUAAAUUAACGUUUAAUAAAUUGUUUUAGGUUUAGUUAUCAAAAUGUAUUUUUGUGUGAUGUUCUGUAGAUCGUGGCUUUAAAAUGUUAUGAGGAAUAAAUAAACAAAUGUUGCCUUAUAUAUUUUACCUUAAAAAAAAUAAAUAUAUAAAUGUCACAGGUGAUGUUUUGAACCAACGACGGGCGGAACCCGUCUUCCACAUCCUUGGUUGAACCGACGACGGGCGGAACCCGUCUUCCACAUUUCAUUUCCGGGGUUUCCCCAAAGUCAAAAUUAAGCCUGAUUGCGCGCAGGUGGGGAUAAUUUACACAGCGGUUGCUAAUAGGCUGACAAGGAGAAGAGUCAGUGUAUAAAAACACCUUUGAAGACUUCAAACGGGGUGCUGGUGGUAUACUUUGUGUACGCUGUGUUGCUGCUUUGCAGACGGACCACGCUGGUCGGAUCGCUCUCCUGGGGAAGAGAGGAAGAGACAAUCAGCUGACGAAGGAAUAUUGUGGAGUCUCAGUGAGAAAGAGUGGACACAGAGCCAUCAAGAGCGCAGUGAACAGAGGUUAUUGGCAACAAAGCUUCGUCUCCGCUGUACCAACAGAAGCCAAACUUACUAAACUGGAAGCUCAUCCAACAGCUCAUCUUGAACUUGGGCACACGGAGAAAGUUUUUCCUUGGGCUGGAACAAAUGAUUUGAGCUCUUUUGAAACUAUUUUAAUAAAGAAGCUUCAAAAUCUCGAGUUACAGAUGAAAGGGUUGCAUCCCAGCAGUGUGGAGCGCUCGGCCCCAUUUUUACUUACACCACCAAACCCACUGCAAAACCUUGAGCUGAUGGAUCCUGAAACAGACCAGCAGGAGACGAUAUCACACCAUCAGACCUCCAAAUACCUUACUGAUAUCAAACAAGAAGGUGAGGGUGAUGAGGAAGAUGUGUUUGUGCUGGAGUUGCAGAGAGGAUCAUGUGGUUUGGGUCUGGCAUUGGUAGAUGGACAGGAAACACCAUUUAAAGUCAAUGGAAUAUACAUCAAAUCCGUAAUGCCGGAAUCUCCUGCUGCUUUGUCCCAGUGGCUGAGACCAGGGGAUCGUAUUCUAGCAGUGAAUGGACUCAGUCUGGUUGGGGUGGACUACCAAACUGGCAGGGAGCUCAUUCAGACAUCAGGAGACAGACCCCGAUUACUAGUUGCCAAAUCUGACAGAAAUACAAGAGAAGCAUAACAUUCCUCCCACAAAACAACUUUUCUACAUUUUUUACCAAAUGCUUUUAUGUGUAUAUGUCUUUUAUUUUAUUGUUAUACGUGUGUGUGUGUUUCAUUAAUUGAAUUUUGAGAUUAAAUGUAUCGAUGUUUUUUUGAAAUGAUAAAACAUUUGUUAAUGUAUGUCUUAUACAAAUGGCCUCAUUGCCUUGACCAACUAAGUAAAACCUUUUUUUUUUUCUAAAUGCUGCAUCCUUA